GUGUUGUUUGUAUUUGUCGGUGUUUUUGAAAUGGAUUAAUAUUUUAAAUUAAUGUUUGAUAUUAUAUAAAAGAAAAUAGAUAAAAUUUAUCGAUGCAGCUUGUCUGAUUAACUGUUUUUGAGUAUAAUGACACUAACUGCAGGAAGAAGAGAAGCAAUUCUUUCUUCACUACCGUAUCAAAUAUUUCUAGUUUGUGGAAGUUGGUACUAUUCAGCAUUUGCCUUAGUUGAAUUUCUGCUUAUUAUAUUUAAAGGUGUCGUCUUUCCAUAUCCUAAAGGAUACUUGGUAUCAGAAAUUGUUCUGUUGUUUCUAACUGCCAUCUUAGAAUAUUGCAGGUUAUUCCUAGGCAAAAAAGGAAAUCUGACAGAAACAUCAUAUCCUGUCAUCUUAUCCAUUCUACUUACAGUUCCUGCCAUACUUGGAGUGGUACAUUUUUUAGAAUGGCAAACUUAUGUACUGAAAUUGGAUGUUAUUCUCUGUGCCAUCCAGCUAACAAUCCAUAGCUUUCAAACACUGUUUGCACUGUUUGUGAUUAUUAGAUUUAUGAGGUCUACUCAAGUUACAUAAUGAAAAAUCCUCAGGAAAAACCAUUUUCUUGUCAUCUGCAUAUCACAUGGUAAUUUAAAAAAAAGCAACCUCUGUAAAUAGGCAUUUGUAAUGUAUGGAAACGAAACUGUUGUACAUAAUUUUCAUUUAUGAAACAUUAAAAUGAUGCAAUAAACUAUUUGUUAAUUACAAUUUUGAAUCAUUUUUUACCCGAUCCUAGAAUGAGAAAUUUAUUUUCAAAGUUGGAUACACUAACUUUCCACAAAUUACUAUUCUGAGUUACAGUAGAGCGUCGUUUAUCCAAAAGUUGGUUAUCCGAAAGAAUUCCAGUUGGCAAAUUUAAAUUUUUGCUAGGGCUGUGGCGCUGCAAUCUUUGGGUAUAUCUUGGGCUACUCCAAUAUUAUUUUGUUGGUGUGUUUUAGCUGACAGCAUUGGCACUUUUGUGUGAUGUUUAUCUGAAAAGUGUGUGGUGCUGAAUCAAACGUUUUUGAUACUAGAUGAACUUUUAAAGUAUAAUUUUUUUGUUUUUAUAUUUUUCAAUAUAUUUAUUUUGUUUGUAAAAAAUAAGGAAAUAAUUUU